GCCGCACACUGACCAGGGACCUCCAUCCACAGCCCAUGCCCCACUCCCCUCUGGGGCUGCAGUACCCCUGUCUAUGAGGUAGGGGCUUGCAUUCCUGCACCAUUUGCAUCUGAUGAUGAUGGGUGGUCUGCCAGCCCCCGGUAGGAGGAGACACAGCUCAGUGACAGUAGGUUUGGGAGGCCCUGGUCACCUCUGUGAUCCGGUAUUACCAUGUCCUCCUGGGUCCUCAUCCUGCUGCAGAUGGUGACAGCAGCCUGUGCCCAGCUGCAGGUCACCACCUCCCCUGUUCCUGUUGUCACCGAGGAGGAGGCCACAGCCAUCUUGCAGUGCAAGUUUACCUCAGGCGUGACCCCCGUGGACCCUGCCCAGGUGCACGUGGUUUGGAAGAACGAUGGAAAGAAGGUUUUGUCCUACGUGGAGAAGAUCACGGCUUUCAGACCCGGGGCGGAGAUCACGGAAGAGCUCCUGGCACAGGGCGAUGCCACACUCUCCCUCCCUAAUGUCACCCAGGACGAUGCCGGAUUGUACUCCUGCAGUAUCCGCCUGGCCACCGAGCAGGGGAUGCAGAGUGUCAGCCUGAUUGUCAAAGACCACCGAUACAUCAGCGUUGACGGGACCACCGUAAUCAUGAACCAGUCUAACGAGUUACGCUGCUCAGCGAGUAACCUGUCGUCUUCUGAGGUGACGUUCCAGUGGGUGAGGGACGGCGUGGUCCUCAGCACCUCCGCCCCGCAUUUGGUGGAAGGUUCCGUCAGUCAAGGGUUUAAGGUGCAAAGCUCCUUCUGCUUCACUCCCGUCCUCGGGGACGACAAGGCCCAUUACAUCUGCCAAGUCGUACAAAAGAAAUCUUCCCACGCGCUCAAGAAAUCGUUCCAGCUGACGUUUGGAGUUCGGCCAGAGGUCUCCUUCUACCUCUCAGGCAAAGGCCAGAAGAACUCGUCCUUAAUCUGCCUGGUGUCGGGGUUCUACCCCGAUGACCUGAGCCUGGCAAUAAAGAGAGAAGGCCAGCUCCUGGGGUACAAAACCAACAAAUGGAGGAACGCCAACGGCACCUACACUCUAGAAGCCGCUUACCGCACCAACGUGACAUACACGGACAGCGACGUGGAUUACUCCUGCACGGUCUACCACCCUACGGUUCCCGGGGGUUCCACCGAGAAGCUGAGGUUCUUGGUUGACACGUAUGUACCGAAAGCCCUAUGGAUUUCUGCGGCUUGUGGCUUCUUACUGGUAUUCGGAAUUCAGAUUUUCUGCAAACACGUGACUGACGUCUCCAUGUGCAAGGACUGGACCGAGGGCAGCAUAGCAGUCCUGAAGUGCAGCAUUGCAGGCCGGUACCCUAAGACCAUCACCGCAGUGUGGCUGAUCCGGCAAGGCGAGAAGGAGAUUGAGGUAAAGGAGCGGGGCUCCCUCCACUCGGCCGGGGACUACCGAGAGCUGCAGGAGCAGGAUUCCUACACCUGCUGGAACAUCCUGAAGAGCACCUUUGUGGGUGGCAUUCGCCACUCCCUGUCCUCCAUCCUCUGCUUCCAGGUGCGCAAGGAGCAGCACGAAGGGGCAGAGUUCAUCUGCCGCUUCAUGAGAGCGGGAAAGAUUCUGCAGGAGAAGAAAUAUUUCGGAACCGUGCUGGAUAAUUACGGAUUCUACUCGGUUUCUGAAGUUUGUGUCCCCGAGCUCUCUAACGAGGGCGAGAAGUUGACCCUUAGCUGCGCUAUGCGGGGGAAUGUUCCCCACGAGAUCCGAGUGAUGUGGGAGAAGUACUUGAACGAAGAGCGGACGAUGAUCGUGAAGGAACAAGAUCCCAACUACCAGGUCACCGAGAACAAGUCUCCGGGGCAGAUCUGCUCCUUUCUCACCUUCUGCCCAACAUGUGAGGAUACCGGAGCCGUGUUUACGUGUUCGUUCACUGAGAACGAGGGUCGGGUCCUCGCAGAGCGCAGCUCAAAGCCUCUGAAAGUGGCCGAACUGAAGAAGAACAGCUGGUCCAGGACAUACCAGGACUGGGGCUUCCGGGCAUUUGACGAGACUGUGAUUACGGAAAUGUGAUCUAGCCCUCCGCUCUGUACCGAUCCCACCUCAUCCUCCCUCCUAUCUGUUUCAUGUCUUGCUUUCUGAUCUCGGCCCGCAGCCCCAGGCAUGCAGCACAAUGCAAAUGAUCUGUUUAUCGACAGCUGGGCUCUAGGGAUCAAACUGGGCCUCCUCAUUACCAACUUGAAACCAUGAAGGGCACAAAAGCUUAUGGUGGAUGGUGUAUAGUCUGUUACAGCGCUACGUAUAGUCUUUAAGUGUUACAAAUCUGGAUGUCUGCAUAGGAAAUCGGUCAUCUCGCAGUGACUGAGACAGUGACGUUUCUGCCUGGAUAUAUGAACACUUCAUCUUGUACUGGCGGGUACUGAGAAAGUGGAAACACGUUGUAAGAAAUGCAAUCACUGGGCACAAGUCGGCACAGCUAAACACAACAUGUGCACCACCCUCCAUCGCAAUGUGACAAAUACCGUACCUAGUCUUGUAGCAAUACUGUAUGUGGCAUCGUUCAUACUGUCACCGCUAUUUAAUAUAUUUAUUGAACUUUGUUGAAACACAAUGUGUGGCAUACGAAUUAUAUAUAUAUACAUAUACAAAAUAAAUUAUAUAAAAAGGAGGAUGGUGGUGCACAAACUGUAAAAAAGAAAUAAAAUGAUAUUUUUCAAGUUUCUAAAACAUGAUGAAUUAAUAAACACAGUUAAAUCAUCCAUGGAAACUAGUGAUGGUCAGUUGAAGACUUUUAUUAGAGAAAUGUUAAAAAAAAUUCUUGUAUUGUAAUUGGCUAUGUUAUCUUAGUUGUUAAAAGUUGAAUAAAAAAAAUAGUUCAACCUU